UCAAAGGUAGAUCGUUCUUGGUUCGUUCCUUUGGCAUUGACAAAAAUGGCACAGAUAGGAGGAACAUCUUCGAUACCGACGGCUUCUGGCCCAUCUGCGAAACGUGCCUAUCCAACCCUUCUCGGAACUCCCAUUCCGGAAAAUACUCCACACGCUGUAUCGGUCACACUGCCAACAUGGCGGGACAACGUUGGUUACGAAGAAGGCGACGAGCGGGUGCAUUCGGUCCUGCGAAGUGGAUACCCGCGCUUUGUUUAUCAUGAACAAGUGCGAAAGAUUAUGGCCCUAUGCGAGAAAAAGUUUGCCAAAUCCACGGAAAGUUGCCUUGUAUUUCCUAGCCGCCGGGUGGCCGAAGAAUGCAGAGACUUCCUCCACUCACAUUCUCAGCCUGUACGCUCUCCUGCAUCUGGCUCGAUCUCAUUUCGGCCAAAUAUUUCCUCCUCACCAACCCGACGCUCCCUUGUGCGCAUAGCAGAAUUUGCAGUGACUCCAACCCAUAACCCGUAUUCCCCGCAGUCGGACGAUCCAAGUACCUCCAUUGUUUCCUCAUUCCAUAUCUACGUUGUGUUAUUUCCCUGUGAAGCGAAAGGCAUCGCAAAACAGUUUUGGCAGCAUUCUGGCGAGGGAAUAUCAUCGCGUUUUGCCGAACAUUGUCUUCGGGUGCUAAAUGCUAACGACCGAUCCAAGGAUUUUGCUGCACCAGUACCGGGUGUUCGCGGAAUGGGAAAUGCACGGUAUAGAAAAGGUGCGUAUUUGCCUGAAGGACAGCAACAGCAUCUUACUACGGCGGAAGGACAAGCAGUUCGGAAUGAGCAAGAUUUGUAUGUUGAGGAACGCUUCGGGCGCAAUCUGGACGUACGGCAAGCUGACGACGCUAAACAACGCUUGAAGAAGCGAAUCGCGGGCGUGCUAGGGGAUGUAGACAACGAGUCAUCAAGGGUCAACGAGAUUGGCACCUCUAUUAUUGAGGAUGUCCCUUUAAAUCUAGGUGGGCGGGGAAUUCUCGGCAUUGCAGAGAACGACGUUUACCUCUUCCCAACUGGUAUGAGUGCCAUCUAUAAUGCACAUCGCAUAGUGCGAAAAAUUCACCCGAAUAAAAAAAGCGUUCAAUACGGCUUUCCAUACUUGGAUAGUCUUAAAAUCCAAGAAAAGUUCGGACCAGGCUGUCAUUUUCUAGGGCUUGGGGAAUCCUCGGAAAUUGAUCACCUUGAGAACUCCAUACUUCCGUCUGAGCCAAUAUCGGCAGUGUUUUGCGAGUUUCCAAGCAACCCACUUUUGCGAACCCCUGAUUUGCAGCGUCUACGGAGACUAGCCGAUCGGCACGCCUUCCUACUGAUAGUCGAUGAGACCGUUGGCAACUUCAUAAAUGUUGACGCGAUGACGUGGGCGGAUAUCGUGGUGUCAAGCUUAACCAAAAUUUUUAGUGGAGACAGCAACGUUAUGGGAGGAAGUGCUGUGAUCAAUCCGAAAUCAAGAUGGCACGAGGAACUCGCAGGGGGGAUGAAGGAGUUAUAUCAAGACAAUGUAUGGUGUGAGGACGCCAUUUUCCUGGAACGUAAUUCAAGAACCUUUGGACAGCGCAUCAAAAGAAUCAACGACACCGCGGAGAUAUUAUGCGACUUUCUGCACUCGCAACCGAAGGUGCUUCAAGUGCACUAUCCCAAGUACGUGGACUCCGAUUUGUACCACCAGCAUGCGCGACCCGAUGAAUCAGGGCGGUACGGAUACGGAGGCUUAUUUUCGCUCAUCUUGCAUACGGAUGACGCUGCUGUCCGGUUCUAUGACGCCCUGGAUGUUGCCAAGGGACCAAGUCUUGGAACCAACUUCACAUUGGCAAGUCCAUAUACAAUUUUGGCACAUUAUGGAGAGCUUGAUUGGGCAGCGCAAUACAAGGUACCGCAACGCCUCAUCCGUGUCAGUGUCGGUCUGGAGGAUCCCGACACAUUGCUGAAAAUAUUUGCAAACGCAUUAAACUCAAUUUAAUAAUUAUUGGAACGCAAGAAAUAGACGUUGCCAAAUCAAAUACAUCUCCUAUAAGUAGCAUAAUAUGUAAACUCCCAAAUAGCAAGCAAUUAAAUGUCAA